AUGUAUUACAAACGUGAUGAGGUUAACGAUGCUCGUAAACUGUUCGAUGAAUUGCCUGAAAGAGAUUCAAUCACUUGGAACAUCAUGAUUUCUUGUUGUGUAAAAUCGAGAGCUAUUGACGAUGCUCGAAUGUUAUUUGAUGCAAUUCCUGACAAGAAUGAAGUCUCGUGGAACACCAUGAUAAAGGGGUAUGUUGAAAGUGGUAACGGGUCUGAAGCUUUGGAUUUGUUCACGCAGAUGCUCCAGCUAGGAUGGGUCCCCAACCAGUUUGUGGUGUCUAGCAUUCUCCGUGCCUGUUCAGCUUCAUCAUGGUUGAAGCUCGGAAAACAGUUGCAUUGUCUGAUAUAUCGACUUCAAUUAGAAGGCAAUGUUUUUGUAUGCACUGCCUUGGUUGACAUGUACUGCAAGUGUAGAGAACUUGAGUGUGCCCGUCGUUUCUUUGAUAGAAUGGCAGAUAGAAACAUUAUCUCAUGGAAUGCGAUUCUUACUGGGUACUCUCAGAAUUCUUUAAGUGGAGAUUGUUCACAGUUGUUCAUUGAAUUGCUAGACUCUGGGUUUAAACCAGAUCACGUCACAUUUUCUGUUGUUCUUAGCUCAAUAGCAUCAGUGGCAAAUUUGUCACAGGGGAAGCAACUGCAUGGGUUCAUUGUCAAGACCCCACAUAGAUCUAAUGUUUUUGUUGAGACCGCUCUUAUUGAUGUUUAUUCCAAGUCAGGCAGUUUAGAAGAGGCUCGUCAAGUUUUUGAUACAAUGGAAGAAAAUAAUACUGUAACAUGGAGUUCAAUGAUUAUUGCUUAUGCACAAAAUGGGUGUGGCAGAGAUGCAAUUCUUCUAUUUGAGAAGAUGUUGGGCUUGAGAAUCAAGCCAGAUGCUAUUACUUUUGUUGGCGUUCUCAUGGCUUGCAGUCAUUCUGGGCUGGUUGAUGAAGGUAGACAUUAUUUUGAUUCAAUGAAAAGACUUUACAGUGUGGAACCUGAUGGAACCCAUUACACAUCAAUGGUUGAUCUUCUUGGUCGAGCUGGACAUUUGGAGGAGGCUGAGAAUUUGAUAAACAGUAUGCUGGUAAAACCAGAUGCUGCAAUCUGGGGUGCACUGCUAGGGGCUUGCAGGGUUCAUCAGAAUUUAGAGUUGGGGAAAACUGCGGCUGCAAAGGUUUUUGAGUUAGAACCACAUAAUGCUUCAGCUCACAUGUUGCUGUGCCACAUGUAUAUGGAAAAAGGCGAGUGGGAUGAAGUAGCAAAGUUGAGAGUCAAGAUGAAGAACCAUGGUGUUAAAAAAGAUCCUGGUUUUAGUUGGAUUGAAGUAAAUAAUGCAGUCCAUACUUUUGUAGCAGAUGACAAAUCCCAUGCCAAGAUGAAAGAAAUCUAUGUUGCAUUAAAGGACUUGAUUAAGCAGAUAGAAGGUCUGGGUUACAAAUCUCAUUCAAACCCUUUCUUUGGCGAGAGACAGUCUUAUCACAGUGAGAAGUUGGCAAUUGCUUUUGGACUGAUCAGUACUCCAUCAGAGAUGGUGAUCAGGAUCAUGAAGAACAUACGGAUCUGCAGUGAUUGUCAUGCUACCAUGAAAUUUAUUUCCCAAGUAUCUGGACGUGAGAUCAUUCUCAGAGAUGUUUGUCGGUUUCAUCACUUCAGAGAUGGCAAGUGUUCUUGUGGUGACUACUGGUAG